CCGGGUUGCAAAGAAACACAGUUUCCAUUAUUUUGUUGAUAAAAAUCGUCCCAAGUAUUCCUUACAGUUAGUUCUUGAACAUGGCACCGAUUGUUCUGAAAGGGAGGAACUACGCAUUGCUUGUUGGUGGCAUCGUUGGAUUCAUAGCCCUCGCGUGCUAUCCUAUCAUCGUACAUCCGAUGCUGCACCCUGAAGAAUACAAGCAAGUGCAAAAAGUAAAUAGAGCGGGAAUCAAACAGGAAGAAAUCCAGCCAGGAAAUAUGCGUGUAUGGAGUGAUCCUUUCAAACCGCGCGAAGACGUUAAGCGAUAAAUUAUCCUGUGAGAUGGACGAGAGUCAUUGUAGAGACAUUAGUCGACUAUUGCUAGCAGCUUGUAUCUAUCAUAAUCGAAUUAUUGAAGGAGUUCAAUAUUAUUAGUGUAAAAAAUAUAUGUUUUGAUUGAA